AUGGGUUGCUGCUUCUCUUGCAAAGCAUCCUCUACAUUCAGUACCAUACGAGUGGUACACUUGAAUGGUUAUAUAGAAGAUUUUGAACAUCCAGUUACAGUCAGUGAAGUCACUGGCAACCCACCAAAGCAUUUUGUGAUCACCCAGGCUGAGCUUCUGUCCACAGGCACCAAGCCUCUCAGGCCCGACGCCCAACUCGAGCCCGGCCAUAUCUAUUUCCUGCUACCAUUCUCAACAUUUCAGUCCAAUGUCUCUCCACUAGACUUAGCCCCUAUAGCAAGAAAGCUCACUGCCAUAGCCAAAAGUAGCCGAUCUAACGCUAAUUUUGUGGGGGCCAGUAUUUCACCUAGCCCACACGCACUUAGCCCAAUAUGGGGCUCACCGGCUACUAGUCCUAGCCGGUUUUCGAACCGGUGUAUGGGGGUGGAAUCACAAAGGAGUGUGACAGGGUGUAGUAUGCAAAAAUCGUCCAAGACACGGUCAUGGACGCCACUUUUGGCCACCAUCAGAGAAAGAUCGUUUAAUCGGAGAAGCAAAUCGGAUUUACGAGAGAAGAAUUUGGACAACAUAAAAAUAGCUUGA